AGUCAGCUUUACAAUGUUGAUGUCAAUAUGGCUGCUGUCAGACAGACAAAGACAAGUCAGUCUCGCUUCUGACUGAAAUCAAAUCGGGGGGUGGAAGAAGGCCGAAAGGGAUUAGAAAAAAUCACUGUUGCAUGUUAGUGUUGGCAAACAAAGGAGGGAAUUUCUGCGCGAUUAUUGAUUUAUACUAUUAUUAAAUGGUGUGGUGGACGGAGGCUCUGCCCAGGUUCACAGAAAGCUCUUCAGAAUGUCCCACUAUACAGAUGAGCCCCGCUUCACCAUUGAGCAGAUUGACCUGCUGCAGCGGCUGCGGCACACAGGCAUGACCAAGCAGGAGAUCCUCCAUGCCCUGGACACCCUGGACCGGUUGGACCGUGAGCAUGGGGACAAGUUUGGCCGACGCUCUUCCUAUGGGGGCAGAGGAGGAGGCGGGGGCUGCACAGCUGGUAACAGCAGCAACAACAACCAUGGAAACAACACAACCUCCUCCACGUCCUCCUUCACCUCUGCCUCCAGCAAUCUGGCGGCCUCUUCCUCCACCGCCACCACAGCCACUCAGACGCAAUACCGUGGCGCGCUGUCACCGUCGCCCAGCUACGACACAUCCCCACCCCCACAGGCCACCAUCUCCUCAGCUGUCUCCCUGGUGGGUGUGGCCCAGAAUGGGCGGGAUGGCCUGGCCGGGGCCACGCCAAAUGGCAAGCUCUCUCCACCACGCUAUCCUGUCAACAGUGCCAUUGGUGCCCGCAGUUACACCUUUGAGGCGGUGGAGGAAGAGCUGGACAUCGACGACAAGGUGGAGGAGCUCAUGAGAAGGGACAGUGGGAUGGUGAAGGAGGAGAUCAAGGCUUUCCUGGGGAAUCGGCGUAUCUCCCAGGCUGUGGUUGCCCAGGUGACAGGCAUCAGUCAGAGCCGUAUCUCUCACUGGUUGCUGCAGCAGGGGUCAGACCUGAGUGAGCAGAAGAAGAGGGCAUUUUAUCGCUGGUACCAGCUGGAGAAGACCACACCCGGUGCCACUCUAAACAUGCGUCCUGCCCCCAUGGCUCUGGAGGAGGUGGAGUGGAGACAAACCCCACCCCCCAUCAGCUCCGCCCCUGCCAGCUUCCGCCUGCGGCGAGGCAGCCGCUUCACAUGGAGAAAGGAGUGUCUCGCCGUGAUGGAGAGCUACUUCAAUGAAAACCAAUACCCUGAUGAGGCAAAGAGAGAGGAAAUUGCCAAUGCCUGCAAUGCUGUCAUACAAAAACCAGGAAAGAAGCUGUCUGAUGUGGAGAGAGUCACAUCCCUCAAGGUCUACAACUGGUUCGCCAACAGACGGAAGGAAAUAAAGAGAAGAGCCAAUAUUGAAGCAACAAUCCUAGAGAGCCAUGGGAUAGAUGUCCAGAGCCCAGGAGGCCACUCCAACAGUGACGAUAUUGAUGGCAACGAUUACUCUGAGCAGGGCUGCGAUGUCCCCUAUUUUGAAAAGAGACCUCUGCCUAGACCCUUUGGUUUCUACAGACUUGAACCCUCGUCACCAACACAGGAUGAUAGCAUCAGCCACAGUGACCAUCAGGACCCCAUUUCCCUAGCCGUGGAGAUGGCCGCUGUCAACCACACUAUUCUGGCCCUGUCAAGGCCAGGGGCCGUCUCUGGGGACAUCAAGACAGAGGCUCUGGAAGAUGACUGAGGGGUGGGGCAGGGGGAUGAAGAGGGCAUGUUUGGAGCAGCAGGGGAAAGGGACAAGCAUGUGACUGUGGGUACAUUUGGUUGCAGUGGAGGCAUUAAAUAAUGACCAAAACUACAUGUAAUCUGUAGAUUUUAGAAACCUGUUUUGAAUUUACCCCCAUCCCCUGCCUGACCUUCCACUUCCCUACCAUCACCUUCCUCCAUAGAGCCCCUACCUGCGCCCAGGUUUUUUCUUUUAUUAGCUUGUUUAUUUAAAUACAAAUCUCACCCAGAUGCCAGCCCUCUCCUUGUGUGACACUAGGAGAUACAAACCACGUUUGGGGCAGUAGAGUUCAUGGUCUCCCUGUCCCUACUUCCUGUAGCUGUGUUCCUAAAGCCUGUGUGUGCACAAUGCUGGGGGCCUCUCCUAGUCAGUCUUGUCACAGCGCUUGUCAAAGGGCAAGGUGAGUGAACUGUUCAGUUUUGGUUAAGAACAAUCUUGGGUAUGGCAGCCUGUGAAGACAUAUUAGAGGAGAUAAUUGUUGGAUUUUCAUCCAACAGGUUUGAAGUGAGUCCAAGAUGAGAGAUUUCAAAAAUCUGUUUUGUUUUGUAUGUUAGCUGUAUUCUCAAUACAAAAUGAAGAGAUGUGUUUGAUGUAGGAAUUGGAUUCCCUGGCCUUCUUCCAAAAUGACAAAGUUGACUUUAAUAAGUGUAGGCUAAAACGUGCAGAUGGAAAAAAGACUGUACAAACAUGCAGCUGGUUGGAUUGCAUCAUGAAGAGGUCAGAUUUCAGUGCAUGGUCCUAUUUUGAUCAAUUUUGUGGGUAUGUGUGUUCAGCAUAAGAGUUGCAGUACAUUUACAUUUUGAGGAUGCCAACUCAAAGUGUUAGAUGCAAUAGUUGUGUUGUAGUAUGAUGAAGGCGCUGGUAGUGGUAGAAAAUAUCUGUCCUCCCCCUUUGUGCAAGUCAGGGGGCAACAUUUUUCUAAUCUCCUCCGAUCUGCAUUAUGUAAAAUUUACAUAUGGUAUAUACUGGCUGCAAGUUUUCAGCACCAAGGCUUUAACUUCAGGUUGAUCCUUCUACAAUAGUACAGCUUUCUACAGUGCCUGAACAAAGGUUAUGUGUUCUCCUUUUUAAUUACGUUAAAAAGUGAAAAAGUUCAGUGCUUUUAUAAGUCUCGUUGACGAUUGUAAAAUAUGAUUAAAAUGUAACUAAGGUGUUAUUAGCAGUGGUAUAAUUCCCUAUCUAAUCAUUGCCCCACACUUCUCUGCUAUAUAUAUAUAUAUUGUCCCUAGUUGAAGAUGACAUAUGGUUGUGAUUUCAGUAUGUGAGUGUUGUCUGGCAGCCAUCCCAAGGAUCAGUUCUUACUAGUGCGCCAGGGGCCCUGUGUGUCCCUGUAGUUUUGGAGUCUGUUCAGGGGUGCUGUGUUCCCUUGUAGUCUACUAGUUUCCUUGAGCAGACUGAGGAAUUAUAACAUGUCCAUGUUCAGGAGAGCAAAGCUCAGCUUGGCAUAAGAGAAAGAAUGGACUGAUGCAAAGUUGUCAAAUCUAUAUAAACUUAGCCAGACAGAUGUCUUAAUUGGUGUGAUAGGUAUAUUGCAAUGGAUGGGGAGUUUUUUUAUAAGACUGAAUGUGAUGCACACCAAUAUACACUUUCGGACAAUGUACACACUUAAAAUGGUAAUGUAGGCUAAAACUGUUAUGGGAAAAAAAAAAAUUAUCUAUAGCUUAUAUAUAAUGUAUGUCAUUGUAUGCUUAUGAACGCAACAUGUCAUAGCACAUGCAGUGCCUCAGAAGCCAGAUAUUUGUGAAGCCGUAUUGACAUUUUCGUUUCUAUUCUCUAUUCUGUUGUUGAAUCACAAUGCUAGAUGGAUUUAAAAGUCAGUUGAAUUUACACUCACCAAACACUUUAUUAGGUACACCUGUUAACUGCUCGUUAGCGCAAAUAUCUAAUCAGCUAAUCACGUGGCAGCAACUCAAUGCAUUUAGGCACGUAGACAUGGUCAAGACGAUCUGCUGAAGUUCAUACCAGGCAUCCAGAAUGGGGAAGAAAGGUAAGUAUUUCAGAAAUUGCUGAUCUGCUGGGAUUUUCACGCACAACCAUGCCUAUGGUUUACAGAGAAUGGCCCGAAAAGAGACAAUAUCCAGUUUGCGGCAGUUCAUUGAGCAAAAAUGUUGUUGAUGUUCAGAGGAGAAUGGCCAAACUUGUUCGGGCUGAUAGAAAAGCAACAGCAAUCAAAUAACCACUCGUUACAACCGAGGAAUGCAGAAGAGCAUCUCUGAACACACAACACGUCGAACCUUGAAGCAGAUGGGCUAGAGCAGAAGAAGACCACACCUGGUGCCACUGUGUACCUAAUAAAGUGGCCGGUGAGUGUAUAUGUUUACCACUGAUGAGAUAAACCAAAUAAUCUGGUCUUAAAUGUAAGAACAGGUAAGUAUUGAGUGUCGGUGACUGUGUGUGUGUAUCUGAAUUAGUCACAAGAAAGACAUGCUUCAGUGAUGACCCGGCAACGCAAUUGCAGGCUUAGUUUCAAAGGUCAUGUCAAAAUUUCAAGCUAUUUCAUAUCCUUUCAAUUUGUAAUAAAAUUGUUUAGCUCAUAGUAUUGUAAAAGUAAAUAUAUAUAUAUAUAUAUAUAUAUAUAUAUAUAUUCCGGUCAUGAGUUUUGGGGUACUCAAGGUCAACUCAUGGAGAUUAAUCUCAAUCUGUUUUGGACUAAGAAAAUGGGACGGUAAUACCAACUUCAAAUUGGUGCAAACUUUUGCCAUGAUAUCUCCCCUUCCCCCUCUGUCUCUUCCUAGAAAAUUUUUAAAGCAAGAUAUACGGACCGUGUGAUUCUGAAGGGGGUGCUUUGCAUCUUGUUUUCUAGGGUUCAGGGCUCACAUUCCUGAGUGUCCACCUGUCCUUGUUACAUUAUAUGGAGAAUGCAAGAAAGUUCUUUAAAAAAACGUACCGAAUUGAAAAAGUUCUACUGUAUAUCUUUGUAUCUGCUAUAUCAGAAUAUAGUGCCUUUAUUGGACAGUAGACUGUUCUGAAAUUAAUCUAGUAUAUAUAAAUAAACUUUUUGUACAGUUUCUUUAAGAAAACUUUUUUUUUUACUUGUGUUUAUUUUAGUAUUGUACGCAAUAGAGAAUAAAGGUAUAUCAAUGACAAA